ACAAGCCCGAUGUAUUUAUUUUUAGUACAGGCAAGACAGCCCAAAUUGGUGGGGGGAAAAUCAGUAGCAAAAUUAUCAAAAAUUUGCUAAUAUACAUUGCAUUCUUUAUUACUACCUUGGCUUUGAGACUUGCAGCUCAAUCAACAUAAGGGAUGCAGAGAUCUGGUGAUGAGGCCAUUCAAAGUCCUUAUCUUACAGCUCCUUCUAUUUGUGACCACUUUCAUAUUGAUAAUUCCUCCUUUGUGUAUCAAAUUGCCAUUCUCCAAAUUUUACUAUGUAUACAACAAAAAGGAUGAUGUCUCAAAGAAAGCGGAAUUACUCAAUACAAAGCGAUAUGAUAGGUCUCUCUCCUAUUUUGGGGCAUUACAACCAGAUUCAUCCAGGCAAUUCUACCUUGAUAUGGAGAAAUCAGGCCAACUUGACCUAGUUGUGACUAUUGUUAGUGUAAAGAGAAAGGAUCAUGAAAACUUAGGGUAUCUUACUCAGGCUGUGGCAAGAAUGGAUAAAUUAUUGAAAGAAGAUACUUUUUUCAAACGAAAAUUCUUGUUCAUAUGCAACGUUGAUCAAAAUCCAUAUGGCCACGAAGAAGCAAAGAAACUAGAAAAGUAUAUACCAGUGACACAUCGCUUUCAUAAUUUUACAACAUAUCUAGAAAAGAGUCCUCACAAGUCUUUGUACCAACAGCACAGUUUUGAUACUUACCAAAAGGAAACCAUAGACUACAUGUUCUGUUUAGAAUUGGCACAUUCCAUGAAUCCAGAUUAUGUGUUGAUGAUGGAGGAUGAUACUCUACCUCUCCCACAGUCACUGGAGGUUGUAAACUUUAAAGUAAAGUGGCUUACUUCAUUCAGAAAUCCCCCCAUUAAAGAUUUUGCUUACAUUAAGCUUUACUAUCCACCUAAGUGGCAAGGAUUUGCCAAUGAAGUGAAAAGAAUUUUGGAAGUUGUGGCAAUUGGAAUGGUUGGAAUGGGGUGCUUUGUUUUGGUUUUUGCCUUUAGGAAAAAGAGAUCUGUUCAGCAUUUAUUUGCAGUUUUUGGUGCCAUUUAUUUUGUAUUAAUUUCUCUGCUGUUAGAUCGUCAAAAUAUUCUUGAGUUGCGUAGAUUAGCUUCUCAGUUUUACUCCCUCAACAUAUCACCUGGGUGCUGCACACCAGCCAUGUUUUAUCCCAAAUGGGUCAUUCCUGAAUUGUUGAAGUACUUAGCUGGUGCAAAUAAUAAGUAUCAUACAGACAUAGCAAUUUAUAAUUUCAUCACUAGUCAAAAUCUUACAGCAUAUCAAAUAGAGCCAAACUUGUUUGUACAUAUAGGUAUGUACACUUCUAUUCAUAAAAAUUCUCGAAAGGAUCCACAAGAGUUCAUAUUUUUUGGUACUUGAUAGUGGAUGAACAAUCAUGAUUUGAUGAGUGAUAAAAAUGGAAGUCAUAAUAAACACUUUCCAUAAGAUUGUAAUUGAUAAUGUGUUUCAAAAUUUUAUGGUGCUUCCUAAAGCAGAUAUUUAUAGCUGCUUUUGUAUUUGUUAACAAAAUUUUUCAAAGCAUUAUUUUUCUGUGGUGCUUGACUGCUUGUAAAGAAACUUUAAAUGUGUACAUAAGAUAAAUUUGCAGGUUUUUUUUUUUUUUCUUCGGGG